AUGGGCUCCAUCACUCCUCUUCCGGAUAUCGAUUUCUACUCUUCCCCCUACCUCGCCGAGCAUUAUGAUCUGCUGAGCGCGAAUGAAACUGCGUUCUACACGGACAUCGCAUUUUUCGAGAAGCAACUGCACCAAAUUCGAGAACUCAAACGGGCCAGAGGGGAAAAUCCCGACCGUGUGGUGGUGCUCGAUGUCGGCACAGGCACCGGACGCGCCUUACACAGUCUAGCCGAACUAGCCCACAAGAGUCAGAUUGACCUCUCCCCGGCUGUGUUCAUUGGCUUUGAUAUCUCCCAAGACAUGGUCGAUAGGGCGGCCCAGACUCGCGAUAUGCCCUACGUGGGCAAUGUGGCCUGGCGAUGCGCCGCAGCCGGUGACCUGGACAAGGUGGUUGCCGAUUGUGGAAUCGAGAACCAGGUUGAUCUGUUGCUCUUCGCCGAUGGGGGGUUCCUCCAUCUGCAUGACCACUCCAUGGCCGGCCAGUUCCUGGAUUGCUUGAGCAAAGCUCUGCGGCCGGACAUUGGUCGAGCAUGCAUAUCAAUCACCAACGCUGAUACGGUAAAAAGUGGCAAAGACAUGAACUACUAUGACCACAGCGGCGCCCCCCGAGAGUACAAGAGCAUAAAUUAUCCGGGCCUGGUGUAUCAGAAUUCGUUCCUCAGCCACAAGGAAGAUGGUGCAUUGCAGACAUCCACAUUUCAACUGAAGGUUUUCCGGGAGACGGGCGAUGGUCAGCGUCAGCUAAUAGAGUCCCGCAGAACCACGCUGAAGGGGCGAGCAUGGAAUGAGGAAGAGGUAAGUCAGCUUGUGGAAGCAUCAUCCGGCAUCAAGGUAGUGGAAAUUGGCCGUCCGGAUCAUCUACAAAUGUUCUUCGUCCUGCAGAAGGAGGAGUGUUAA